UUUUGCUUGGGAAAAGAAAAAGAAAGAUUAUAACCGAAAAGUUCCACCAUCAAAAGCAGAGAGCUUCGUCACCUUCUCUCUUCUCUCUGCAACUUUCCUUCCGAAGGCUCCCGAGCUUCUCUCUCUGUGACUUUUCCCCAGUAGCUCGAUCGAAUUCGGCUUGUGACCAUCAGUCUGGAAGUUCACCGGGUCUGUAGAAUUUGUUUUGUGAAUAGUAAGUACCAUAUAUAAUUCAACAUCAACCAGCACAGUUUUCUUACACAAAUAUCUGGCUCCUGCAAACUGGAAUAUGUCAAGUGGACCAGUUAGACGUGUCUCACGUCAAGAUAUACAACUGGUGCAAAACCUUAUUGAGCGAUGCCUUCAGCUUUACAUGAACCAGAAGGAAGUGGUGGAAACUCUACUGGAACAAGCGAAAAUAGAGCCUGGUUUCACGGAACUUGUUUGGCAGAAGCUUGAGGAAGAGAAUCGAGAAUUCUUCAGGGCUUAUUACCUGAGGUUAAUGGUAAAGCAACAAAUAAUAGAAUAUAACAGGUUGCUUGAACAACAGGCGCGGUUGAUGCACCAGUUACACUCGACUGGAGUUUCUUCAAUUCCUACCUCCAAUGGAUCUCAUAUCCCAUCGAGGGACCUAUUGAUGUUGCAGUCAAAUCGGUCAGGAAUACGUAGCCUUCUAUCCAUGUCACUUCUAGUGCAUCAAAACUCAACAUGCUAUCCCCCAGACAGUGUGGGACCAGCAUUGAAGACAGAAAACUUACACCAUCAAGUUGGUUCCUGCUUACCUAAUCCAUUCACUAAUGGCGCGUCUUCAUUGCACAAUAGUAUGGAGAAUGCUGUUAAAAUGUCUGCUCAUGCCAACAGGAUUGAUGUCCCACCAAACAUGCUUUCGACUCAGAGCACCAACAUGGGGGGGCUGAUGCAAGGAAUAAAUGGGGGAAUUAUAAAAUCAGAAGUUGGAUAUUCAGGCACUUCUUACAUGUAUGGUGGUGAUGGCAGCAACCUGGAAACACGGCCCAAUAUGGGAGAUGCUUCUGUUGCACCUUUCAAUAGCGUAGAGUCCAAUUCACAACCCCUAAAUGAAUCACUUCUUGAUUCAGACUCUUCCUCGUUUGGUUUAUUAAGUCAGAUUCCUCGAAGUUUCAGCCUCUCAGAUUUGACAUUAGAUUUUUCUCAGAGUUCAGAUAUAUUGGAGAGCUAUCCUCGAUCACCUUUCUUGGCUACAGAUAAUGAAAACUUCAUGGAGUCUCGUGAAAGAGAACAUCAAGGAGACAAUAACAGGCUGGACACCAUUUCAGAAGGCGUGAGUUAUGAAGAUUUUGGCAGUGAAUAGUCAUGUAAUUUCAAAGUCAACUUUCGUGCUAGGACCGGAGGAACAUAUACAUAGCAUUCAAGAUUUUUAUAGUUUUCAGAAGCUGAAACUUGUACUCUUUCAAGAUUUUGGUUGGUGUAGAACUCACUGAUGUAGUGAGAAUUUGACAGUAGAAUGCUUCUUUCAAAGUGGAAACUGGACAGCAAGGUGGAAACUCUUGAUGGAAAUGUGUUUGUGACCUUGCACAUGCUGCAUCUGUGAUGAUUGGUUCGUUGUGGUAAAUUUACCUUUGAAAAUAUAUAAUUUGUGUACUUAUCCAGCGAAAGAAAGUUGUGAUGGUUAAUAAAGAAAAGUAUGUAUUUUGGCUUAAGUUAAUAAAGAGUUUUAGUUGUAUGUGUUUUUAUA